GUUCCUUUUUCCUUUUCUUUUUCUCAAACUUUUGAAAUCUCUACAAUGACAAAUACUUUUUAUUUCAAAGAUGGAAUGGAUAACCUUUUUGAUGAGUAUGGUGAAAGAGUUUAUGAUUCCAUGGAAGGCGUCUUAACAGAAAUUACAGGUUCAAACAUUGUACUUGAAACAAUAACUAGCCGCAGGAGUUAUUUAGCUAAUAAACCUGCUGAAAAGGAUAUUAUAGUGAAAGAGACUAAGGAAACAAAAAAUUUAGACGAUAAGUCUGCCAAAUCAGCAGUUUAUAACACUUAUACAGACAAGCAAAGAGAGGAUUUUAUUGAUAAAAUGAUUGAGCAUCCUGAAGAGAAAGGAAAUAUCACUAAAUUUUCUAAAGAACUCUUGAUUAACCCACGCACUGCGGAAAGAUGGUGGAAAACAUACAAAAAGACGGGAGAAGUGCCCUAUAAAUAUAUUUUAUAUCAUGUGUUAAUUUUUAGCGUGAUAGCAUUCACUGACUUCAUAAUAAGUACCAUCCUCUCUUAUGCCAUAGCUUACAUACUUGUUUAUUUUCUCUGAUUUACAGUAGUUCCAUUGGUCGUCUUUAAGAGAUUUGUCUUCAUUUAUGUCAAAUUUAUUGAGUAGCAAUUGAAUUGUCUUUAACAUCUUUUCGUUAAUAUCAGCACCAAUAUAUACAACAUCUGUGCCAUUUUCUAGUUUUUUGAUCUUUACUUCUUGAACAACUUUCAAUUUAUAUCUUUUUAUGUUUUUCAAAUCUUCAAAAUAUACAUAUAACAUAGCAACCUCCU